UAUGCACGUAGCGUCUCAGGCAUGUUUUGGAAGCCACCAGGCGAAUCAAUUAAACUCUGCUUUGUCUUGCACAUCAAUCAGCGUAGUCGUUGUUGUGCGGGUAAGUAGGUUUGGAUAGAAGCACCAUGUCAUCGUCGUCUCCCUGGGACGCGUACUCGCAGCACACAGGGCUCACCUCCUCCCUGGAGCCCUAUGCUCACCCUUUCUCCACCGACAUGCGAAACCUGGCCGGAGGGACUGGAGCUCCUGGCAUGAGCAGCCUGACAGGGGAGAGCAUGCUCGGGUACCCCAAGUCCAGCGAUUUGUCGGCUGCCGCAAAUCUGAAUCUGGCGUCUCCGUACGGUGCGUAUGGGCAGUCGUAUCCUGGGAUGCCAGAUCUAGGGUUCCCGGGCGCCUCCCUGAGGCCCAGCUCGGCGACUCACUCGCCCGUUGCUGCGGCAGCGGAAAACCUCCCAGCAUCCUCCCCUCACGGACAGUAUUCCGGCACACCCACCUCGGAGACCCAGUCGUCGUCUCCCGCCUUCUCCAACUCGACGUCUCUGUACACCCCGAGCACCAUCUCCAGCAGCAUUGCCUCCAGCCCCUACGCCCAGGCCUUUGGGAGCAGCAGCAGCUCUGCCGCCGAAUCGGGUUCGAGGGGCCCGCACUUUUCGCCGUUCGCCCAGUCCUACGGGUACCCGAUGUACGGCUACAACCAGGUGGGCGGUUUCCCGACUGCCAACUCUCUGGACGGGGUCAACCGCUACAUGAGCGGCAUCUCCUCGUCCCAGCUGAUGCAAUCCUCGGCCAUGGGCCUCUACUCCAACAGCCAGGCGGGCCAGAUGCCGUUCGCCUACCACCCCUCCAUGGGGUGGAGCCCCAGUGCUAUCCCAGGGUUCCAGUUGAAGGAGGGAGCAGAUCUCAUGUCGCCGGAAGAGCUGGAGCGCUACCGCUACCGCCAGCUGUCCAACCCGUACUUCCCGGGCCUGCCGCCCGGGGGCCCGCCCGGACGGAACUUUCCCCCCCACCCCUUACAGCAGGGUAUGAUGAGGAGCGGCCCGUUCCUGGACGACCGCGUGCACAGCCCUGCUCCAAAGAAACCCAAGAAAUCCACAGAGGAGGCGGAACGGCCCCCGACGCCAGCCCCAAGGGAUCCCGCGUCGUUUCACUCGCAGAGAGGUAUCUACUUGUUCACAUCCAACUCCGAGCCGGGAAACCCCAAGUUUUAUGGUGACAGAUACGUUCUUUACGAGAAAGAUUUGUGUGAAAAGCUGUCUCGUGUUAGCCUUCCGGGGAAAAUCCAGUAUGUUUACAAUCCUCUUGAGUAUGCAUUUGAAUCCCAUUUAAAGUUUGUGCGCCGGUUUUGCACUGGGGAGAAAUACAUAUUGUUUGUUGGGAUGAAUCCAGGACCUUUUGGUAUGUCUCAAAAUGGUGUACCGUUUGGAGAAUGUCAAAUUGUGAAAGAGUGGUUGCAGAUUGAUGGGGAAGUAUUGAAGCCUGUAUUGGAGCACCCGAAGCGACGUGUCGUCGGGCUGGAUUGUUCUCGGUCCGAGGUCACCGGGGGGCGGUUCUGGCAACUGUUCCGAACUCUUUGUCACACUCCAGAACAUUUCUUCAGGACAAGCUAUGUGCACAAUCUAUGUCCUUUUGCCUUUUUAACGGACACUGGUAAAAACGUCACCCCUCCUCAGUUAACGUCGUCUGUUUUAGACCAGAUCAACGCGUUGUGUAACGCCACUCUGGUCGAAGUUGUCCGGCUACUAAAAUGCAAGUACGUCAUAUGCAUUGGGAAGUAUGCCCUGGCCCAGGCUCAGAAAGCAUUAUCUGCCGACGAAUUCAGUGGCAUCACCUUGGAAUGUUUGAUGCACCCCAGCCCCAUCAACCCUGCUGCGAACAAGGGCUGGGCGGAUAUAGCCAUCAAACAGUUAACGGAAAUAGGUAUCAUUGAAAUCAUUCAGUACGGAAGGGUGCCCUACCAGCCUCAGAGCCAGCCUCCCCCUUCCUUGUCUCACCCACCUCACGCCUCUUCCUCAUCCUCCAUGAGUCACCAUCCGCAUCACCACCACCCUUACCACAACAAGCAAUCUCCGGGUCACUACGGAUUUCAGUCACCUCCCGUUCAGUCAUAUCACCACUCGCCAGCUCAAGGGUCCAACAACAACCACCACGGCCAGUCUCCGGCGCACGCUUCCGGCCUGAGUCAGUCCCCGGCUCACGCCCCGUCUGCGCGGAACCAGUCAUCGCCUGCCCACGCCUCGUCCCGCGCUCAGUCAUCCCCGGCACAUUCAUCCUGUAGUCAGUCUCCGGCCCAGCCCCAGCAGAACCAGGUGGCGGCCGCCAACCAGUCCCCCAGUCAGACCACAGGUAGCGGCAGCAGCAGCAGCACCCUUCCAGGACAGCCGUCCUCAGAGCAACUGCAGGACGGGCAAAAACUUUUGAACAAAGACAAUGGGGAGAAGGGGGGCUCGCAGGACUCCUCUCUAGACUCGUCUGCCGCGGCCGCAGAGAAGACUCAGGAGGGCAAGGGCUUGCCCCAGCUGAACACAAACGGCAUUCCAGCAUAUUCAGGGGAUUCACAAGGUCAUGAAAACGGGUUGCAGAACCCUCACAGCGAGCCCGGCUCGCAGGGAUCGGAGGUGUCCAAGGGCAACUCUCCCAGUAUACAGUAUCCUUCCGCAGGAAAUCCACAAGUGAACGCAACAGACUCUCAGCUGCAAAACCCCCAGAUGAGCUCUGCGAACCCCCAGAUGACCAGCAGUAGCCAGAUGAACACGACAAAUCCGCAGAUGCACAUGCCCCUGGGCUCGGGCCACCCCCACAUGGGCAUCGGCAUGUCCAUGUCGGACUCGCCAAACCUCCAGCAAGGCGCUCCGGUGGACCAGCACGCCAGCCUGACCAACCAGCAGAUCGGCUCGCCGCAGAUGAGCAGCCAGAACUCGCACCUGGGUGUGUCCCAGAACUCGCACCUGGGCUCCAUGAACUCCCACAUGGCCUCCUCCAUGGGGGCGCACAUGGGCAUGGGCUCGCAGAUGGGGAUGGGCGUCGGGGUGCCGAUGGGCCGGGACCAGGGGAUGAGCCUCCACGGCCAGAUGGGCUCCAUCAACCCCUACAGCCAGCAGCAGCUGGACAUGUCCCAGAUGAGCGGCAGUUACGGCGCCGGCCCCAACAGCAUGUCCCUCAACAGCUACUCGGGCAUGCGGCCCAGCAGCUCGGAGAUGCCGGGCUACGCGGCCUCCCACAUGGGCCUGCAGAACCCGUCGGCCAUGGGCAUGGCCUCGAUGAGCAGCAUGCACUCGUCGGCCGGCGGUGGUGGGCCCAUGUCCGCGCAGCAGCUGGGCAUGUUCAACCCGCACAUGAGCCGCAUGAUGGGCCCGCCGGAGCAGCAGAUGGGCAUGCACGCCGGCCUCAGCUCCAUGUACGACAGCGGCCAGCUGGGCAAGGAGAUACCGCCCUACGGAGGCCACUACACCGAUAAGCCGCCCGAGUGCAGUUAGUCGCGGCUGGUGGUGGUGGUGGUGGUAGGAGGUGUGACGCCGCGCAACCUAGUGGGGUUUGUUUUGUUUUUCUUUUCUUUCUCUUUAAAAAAUUUUUUUUUUAGAAAGAGUUUUGUUGGCUUGGGGACAUGCAUGUUAUUCAUAUUUGGUUGCUUGUUUGUAUUGUUAUGAAUUGUUGUGUUUUGGGGUCUUUUCUUUAUUUUUUCUUUCUUUUUUUUUUUUUUCUUUCUUUGUUUUGUUUUUGUUCAAAGUUCCAUGAUUUAGUGUCAGAAGGUUCAGGAAGUGAAGAAUCCAUGUGACAGAUCAGAAAAUUCCUCGCACACAUCACUUUCAUCUCAUGAUUUUAUUUUAACCUUAGUUGUCUCUGGUCCACUGAUAUUUUUGUCGCAUUGUUUUAUCUUCGAAAAGGAUGUCAUCUUUCUCUUUGUAUGAAAAUGUUUUUAGACCCAUUUACCUUGAUGGGGGUCCUUAUUUUAUUUUUAGGGACGAUAAGUAUCAUCAUCUGAAGGUAAUGCUUUAACUUUUAUGUCAUUUGUAUAUAUUGUAAAAUGUAUAGUCAGUAUAGUUAUUGAUGGUAAGAUGUAUUUUUAUAGAAUUAUCUACGUAUUGGUCUCAUGAAAGAAAUAUUUUGUAAUGUGUAGAUAACAUAUUCCUACAAUUUGUUUCAUGAAGCAAUGCUUAAUAUACCUUGUCAACAAAGUGUACUGAGUGUAAGUGUAUGCGUACACUUAUUAUAUAUUAUGUGAGAGGGAGUGUUUGAUUAUGAUGUCUUGACGUUGUUGUUGAAUGGUUCGACGUUGGUUGUUUGGAAUAUAUAUUAUAUAUAUAUAUACAAUACUUUGGUUGUCUCUUGCUAUGUUCCUGUUUGUUUGAAUGCCUGUCCUUUCAAGACUGCAGAGCAGAAUUAGUUUCUGUACCCCUAAACGCUGGACCAGAAGCAUCACUGCAUCUUCACUGGACACGACGUUCAGAUUCAAAAUCUUCGUGUUUACACACCAACCAAACUCAGUCUUCCGCUACUAAUUUACUAGGGAUGAUGUGUGUGUGUGUGUUUUUAUCUAGGUUCUGUUCCAACGUCCUCCGCACAGACACCCCCAGUUGUCUGCUCCCUCUCCAACAAUGUCUUUUUUGUAUAUUUUGUACCUGGUUGUUCAUUCGUUGUUUCAGAACUUUUUUUUGACAAGGGUAUUGUUUGCUGAAGAGUGUAUGUUGUACUUGCAGAGCGGCAGUGAUGUGGCAGAAUUGUGCGUGUGAGAGAGAAGAGGAUACAGCACACUAAAAUGAGGACAAAAGUUGGAAAAAUAUAUCACUCUGGUCAGAGUGCGGGAUAUUUUUAGCACAUUUUUAAAAUUUGAUUUAUUUGGGGUAAGGGAGGGGAGGGGGGUGCUUUGCUGAUUUUUGAGUCUGAAAUAUGUUGAAACAGUCUUUUAAAAGAUUUUUCUGGUAUUUCUAUGCGGCACUCUUUUAUGAAACCCUCUUUUUUUUUUCAUCUUAAAGUUAAUGGUUAAACCAAUCUUUUUGUCGUGCACAGGAUUUCCUAUUUUCAGUCUACGGCAAAAUACCUUGUAACGGACAUGAAUCGUUACUUAUAUUACUCCUCUUCCUUUGCUGCUGCGAUCUUGCAGUUCAUUUAUAAAUUAGGAUAUUAUAUAUAAAAGUUGUUCAAAUUAUUUGUUUUAUUUGGCUAAAAAUAUUGCUGUUAUCGCUGUCAAUGCAAGUUGUGAGAUUUUUAUGAUUGAGAGAAAUGAAUGGUCAUGACUGCGUGUGAGUAGAGAUCUCUCCACAUGUUGCAACGGCAGCGGGAAUCACAAAGAUUUUUAAGCCUGACAAAUUCUUUAUAUGAACAGAAAGAUAUUGAUUUUUUUGUUGUGCACAAAUGGAAGUGACAGUGCUAUAUUGGGGGCAUUUUACAUUUUAUUCAAGAAAGUUCAGCUCUAGUCCACGCUUUCUUCAAAACCUACUUUUCUUUGUUUGUUUGGGUUUUUUUGUUUGUUUGUUGCUGUUUUUUUGCUUUUUUAAUCCCAUGCUUUACUGUAUGACACCAUUUUUGUCUUAUGUUUUCCUUUCUUUUUCAUGAUUGUCUUCCUGGCUGGUCCGCUCUUCUAAACUACCGUUACAACCACAUAAUGUAAUUUGCAAAUUUACAUGCUAGUGAAAGUUUUUGCCACUGAUGUAGAUUUGUCAGGUUCGGUUUGGUGAGAGUUUGAUGGCCCGGUUACACGUAACGAUAAAUUGUGUCAAAUUCGUCGUGUGCGAAAACUAUCCGUUUUAUCGACUGUGUAGUCUGUUUAGACGUUCGGAUCUGUCGUCCAGUUUUCUUUUGAUCAGGGAGAUUCCUAGUAAUUGACUUGGCUGCAGAUGUGCAACGCACCGGGUGACCUUGAUACACAACUUCACCAUUGAUGAUCAACUGAAUAAUAAAAAUGGUAAAUUGUACAUAAUUACGCAUCAAAUCAGGUUCCUGGAGAGCAACCUUACUUAGUUUGAGACGCUGUUUCCGAAUAUGAAAUCAGUUUUACCUGCGAUAAAUAUUUUUAAAUUUUGAGCCCUAAGUUAAUCCAGCGCAGCGGCAAAUUUCCAAGUGAUUCUACAUCACAGCGUGUCUCCCCCAAAACUGACAGUGAUCGCACGGAAAAUAUCUAGCAGCGCUUGAUUUCUCAACCGAGUCUUCAAGCCAUCGUCCAAGCUUUGUACAAUUUUGUGCUUACACCUGAUGAUUUGUCUCAUGAUCGAUAGAUCAUCCAGUUUUUGUACAAUUUAUUGUUGCGUGUAACCGGGGCUUUACUGCGCUCGUAAGUUAACUGCAUAAGGUCAUAUAUGAGGGGGCAUGGUAGAUUUGUCAGUCUGCAAAUCUUUUCCAAUAUUUAAAUUUCUUUAGCGGCAACAGUUUCAUUUGAAUUCGGAGUGUAGCUUUCCUUGCAUUCCUUUUUUAAAAUAGGGUAGGGUACAGUUUUUCUGCCUUUUGUGAUAUUUAUAUGUUCGAGCUAUUCAGUUUCAGGAAUUUUUUUUCCUCUGAAAAUGAAAGUUCAUGUAUGUCCCCGCUACCCAUCUUUUCCUUCCCCUUGGUACUCGCUGGUCCUGGGUGCUGGGUUUCCCUUAACCUUAUUGUCACCGUCUCUUGAUACGUGUGGUCAUAGGCUGCUCCCGUCACUGCUUUUUUUUGCUGUACACAGCUGCACGCGUUCGAGAGUUCGAGUCUGUCGUUAAGCCCAGGUGGCAAGACUAGCUGUUCUUCAACUCUGAAUAGUGCUCAUCCUGUAAUAAAUAAUGGUUAGUAAUAUAGUGAUGCAUAGCCAUCCAUCAAUUUCUGAUGUCGACCUAUGUAUCUGUAGAGGAGAAUAUUUCUGAAAGAGAAAUAGAAGAAUCAAGAGUUAGUUAAGAUGACUUUUUGUCUUCUGGUGUUGCCAGUGAGACCACUUCUGGUAGGGGAGAGUGCUCUCUGUAGUCUUUGUGAAGCUUCCCCCUUUUCUCGUGUCUGCUAGAGAGUUGGAUAAUAUAUAUAAUGCAGGGCGGUUGGGUAAGUGAAUAUUGAUUAUUAUAUAUAUACUUUUCGCUGUUCAGAACCUUGUGUGUGUUGGGAGGAGGGGUGGUGGUUAUAAACUUUAAUAACAGCCGGGUUCGAAGUUGUUCAGGGCUGGUUCAUUUUUUUCAUUGUCUUCAGUGUAAAGCUCACGAAGAGAGUCUAGUUGAAAUGUAGCUCAGAAGAUGAGAGUGAUCAAAUUCCUUUUUAUUUUUGAUUAAUGAUUGGGAUUUGGGGGGGGGGGGAACAAAUUAAUGUGCUGGCAAAUGUAGCAUCUUUUAAAUUUUCCUGUAGACCUUGAUGGCAGUUUGAGUUUUGGUUUCUGUGCUAGAAUCCAGUGGCUCAACUGACUUUUUGAAAAGAAGCAGCUGAUCUGUUUUGCACCGGGUACGCAUAUAUUAUUAUACCUUUUCUUUGUCAACUUCCUUACAGAACCAUCGUGUUGUUUAUGUUUAUGAUUCCAUUUUUUCCCCCCCCCAGUGUUUUGAUGCAUUAUUUUACCUCUCUUUGAAUCUCAGUUGGAAAAAGAGUUGUUUUUUUUUUUUUUACAAAGCAAAAAUGUGUCUUCUAUUAGAAAGAAGCCCAUUUGGUGCUUACUGUCUCACCAGCAAACUAUUAUAAUUACCCUGCGAGCAGCUGAAUCCACAGCUUUACUCAGUGCUAACCCGAAUUAUGUGUGCAGUUCUGUAUUAUGUGAGCUGUACUGAAUUAUAUGUCCUGUACUGUAUUAUGUGUGCUGUGCUGUAUGUGCCAAUAUUGUCAUGUUCAUCGUGUGUGUGUCUUCACACAUGGUAUAGUAUAGAGAGAGAGGGAUGAGCGAGAGUCGGGGAAAAUUUGAAACGUUGCGUCGGGAUACUUGAAAUAUUUUGAUGACUUAUUGAUGUGUACGAUGGUUGAAAACAUGGGAACAAGAGUUUAUAAUGUGAAAGAACUCCUGAAUGUUCACUGCCGUGUGCGUCAUUCCUGGACUUCAGUCUUCUCUCUCAAUGUUAAGUGUUACACGAGUUCAGCAGUGAGAAUCUUUUCGGUGUUCCUGGGUUUCCUCAGAGCAGGCCUACUCUGUGCUUGAGUUUGUCGUGUGGUGUUGUGAGGUGUGGAGAGAAAAAAGUGAGGCUUGUUGUGCAAUGCGUUUGUGAGGAAACGACGUGACUUUGUUGGUACGAACUGAAAGGGGGGGAAAAACCAAACUGUUUGACAUUGUGCCUGUAGCGUUCUUGAACUGAAUGCGAAGAAGCACCAGUACCAAUAAUGUAUGCGUGUUGUGUUCUCCGAUGAUGAUUCAUGAUGACCGCCUGUUUCUGCUCUGUUCAGAGAUUUGUGUUUUCUGUGGCUUGCUAAUUUGUGACGGCAAGUUGGCAGUAUAAUCAAAGAAUUGUGCGUCUUUUCGUGUGGAAAAACCAAAGCUACUGGCUCAAUGGAAAGUAUUAAAAGAAAAUGGUGAGGUCUUAGUUUUCUCCUCUCCUGUGGAUUGAAAACACUGUUUUAGUGUGUGUCUGUGAAGGUUUGAUGGUGACUUUUUGUCAUAGCUGUCUCAAAUGAAAUUAUUUUUUAUAGAAUUGCAAAGUUUGAUUUUGCGUUUGUUGGUUGUUGGGUUGUUUUUUCAAAAGUGUGCUUCUGAACCUGACAUGGAGUUGAAAGGAAGCCCUCGAAAGGGAAACUUUCUUUCCAUCUUUGAGCUCCGAUUUCAGCAACUGUUUGGAGUUACCAAAUUUUUUCCCCUAAUCGUUCUGCUAUUCUUAUGUUCUGAAGUUUGAAUAUGAAGGCCAUGGGUGUCGGAGCUAUGUGUCUUAGUAUUUCAUGCUCUUUAGUAUUUCGGGUGUUCUGUCAUCUCCAUCUUGAGUUUGGAACAUUGGAUGUAGUUUUGACUAUUUUUUAAAGAUCGCCAAGAUCCAUCGUUUGUUGCAGGGCUUGUACAUUGGGCAUUCAGGAAAAAGUCUUCAAGUGGGUUCUAGUAACGCUUUGUCGUGAGAAGCAGAAUUUUUUUGUAUGAGCUUGCUUUACCACUUAUUGUUUCCUUUGACUUUGAAUUUGAUUUUGAUAAAGUCGUCUGAUGGAAGAUAGCGCUUAAGUUUUUUGGGUGUCCAAAAAGCAAAGUGUCUUUGCUUACGUGUUCUACCAGUGCACGUUUACUUGUGUUGACCAUGGUGGUUGAUAUUGUACACGUUUUAUCCUUGUGCAUGUGUACGGCAUCACUGGUUGUAGAUGAAGAUGUCGUCAGUGAAGCGUCUGUACUUGGAUAUAUCAAUAAAUAAGUCGUAGUUCCUUGGGUUGGACAUUGAUUGAGAGAGGGCUUGGUCUUUACUGAUGAAAAGAAUAAUUUCUUUAUGAUUGACAAAAGUAGUUUCGAAGGUGGAAGACAUUGAUCUAUCCUCUCAACAAAUCUCCAAGCCAGUAGAAAGUGUUUCGUAAAAGAUAAGAAACGUAUAAACUCCAUCCGAAUUUGCAUACAGCAGACCUCUAGAAGGCUAUAUAUCUGUGUGUUUGAAAACUUUGCAUCCGAUUACUCCAAGGUGGAUUUUUUUUUUUUUAAAUUGUUUUUUAAGAAAGUGAAAUGAGCAAGUAAAUACUUAGAUACUCUUGUGAAAUGAAUCAAAUGAUGAUUACUGGUUGGAUAAAACGUCCCCUUUCGCUUGUAAUUUAUAAUAUUAUUUCCUUCAGCGGUGUUUCGAAAUUGACACAAAAGAUCGAGGCGAAGCACACCAUUCGUUUUUGCAACUAUGAGGAAUUGAGCGGGGACACAAUUACGGCAGUCAGCAUUUGACGGCAAACGGUUGUUGUGUUGUUUUUAUGUGUGAACUUUACACUGGAAGGUUGACGGGAUUUACAAUUCUACGUUGUUGGGGAUCAUGAUAAAUUGUGAAAACAUCUGUCUCCUUCAUACAGAAUGCAGAAGCGUAUUAUGUUGAUGUAGAAACGAGAAUACUUUAUUUGAAGUUAUGGUUGUUUCCAAAAAAGAGAUGAAGCUUUAUUUUUUCAACAAUAUUUUGUACUUGCUUUCUUGCAAAUUGUUUGCUCUCAUUCACUCCUUUCCACCUUGCGCCUGGGUUUUGCUUUUGUUUUGUAUUUGUUUUUUGGGUUGUUGUUUUUUUUUCUUGUUCAGUAUGGAUUGGUUGUUAUGGCGGAAAAAAUAUUUCUAAAAUCAAGUUAUGAUAAUUAGGACAUUCAUUUUCAAAGACAUUUUUGGGGUGUUUAUUUCAAGACGUUGAUUUAAAUUUCCCUGCUUGUGCAGAUUAACUUUUGUUUUAGUCUAGUGGUAUCCAGACUACUGUAGGAGAAUAUAAAUGCAGACUUUUAUGGGUAAGUUUAAGAUUUGUGAAAUCUACUUCUGGUUAAUAAUGGAAUAAUGUCCAACACUGUGGAGAAUUAAAACAGCCCAGCAUCUAUGGAGGGGUCUAGUGAAAUCAGGCAUUCUUCUCUCUAAAGUAUUGCGUAUGGACUCGUUUCAAGUUGUAGUGCGUAGUAGCAUUAGAUACACUUUUCUUUUCCUCUAUCGUUAGAUAUUUGGUUUCAACUUGAGAGUGAAGUUGUUGCUCGAUUGUAGAUGAAUAAAUUCCAUUUUGUUAUACAAAGGCAUUGAAAAAAUUAUAUGCAUCAAUAUAAUAUACUUGGUUUUUAUAACAAUUAUACUCCAGUUUAUUAAAUUAAUGUUUUUUCGCCCCCCCACUCAAAUUCCAACGAUGAAUGUUUUUCUUUAUGAUGGCGUGUUUUAAUUAAGCUUUGCUCUAUUGGAUUGACAGUGUGGACGAAUGUUGUGUUGGGUUUCUGUUGUUGUAGUUGUUGUUGAGACUUUGCCUCCACUCCACGCGUCGAGGGAGUCUGCGGGGCGACAAAGUGGCGUUGGGUCUCAACUGUUUGCAUUGCCUGGUUCGUUGCCGUGUAUCAAAAGUUGUCAUGUGAGAAGCGACGAGUAUGACGACAGAAGAGCUUUGUUAUGAUGAUUAGCCUGCUCAAGAGUAGAUUUCUAUCUCUACCUCACCCCCCCACCUCAGCUUGAGCUUCAUUUUGUCAUUCCCUCCUUCAUCCUUUUAUUAUGAUUAUAAUUAUUAUUACUAUAACAAUUACUACUAUUACAAUAAUUAUUAUUCUUUUUGAAAGGAAAAAUCAGUAUGUGUGUAGGUUCUUGUCCACAGCCCUUCUUUUGUUGAAAAAAGCCCUUAUAUGCAAAGUGAAGUGAUACGUUAUUCUAUUUUAAUUUUUCGUUUGCAAGCAAUAUGUAACAUGAAGUAAUAUUUAUGUACUUAAAAAAAAAAAAUUUUUGUCAGCGCACUUCGUUGUUUCGUCUAAAGUUGAAUGAAGGAAAGAUGUAUUUUUUGCAGGUUUCUGCAAAACUUAUCGUGUUUCAUGAAUUUUCUUUUUUUUUUUUUUUGGUGGAUUUUUUUUUCCUUUCAAUUUUUAAAAGAAAUGAGUGUUUUACAGACAUUAUUAUUAUUAUUAUUAUUAUUAUUAUAAUUGUACAUAAAAUGCUUACUUGGUAAUGACUAUAUUCAGUAUGCUAUAUGCUAGGAAUACAUGAUGUUUCUGUGUCUAGCGGGGCGGGGUGUGUGCUCCUGCGUGUUUGUUGCUGGGGGCCUGCUCUCCUCCCCCGCGGCGCGACCAGCACGGACACCUUCAUUUGUUCAUGCAAUAUGUGUACAUGUAGUCUCUCCUCUCGAGAUCUCGAGAACAGUGUCGGGUGACUUUUGUUGUGGAAAUUUCUCUCGUGGAGAAAACUUACACAUUGGUCUUUGUGACAUGUAUUUUUACAACAAUGCGUUUCUUCCCACCCCUCCCCUCCUCCUCAUUGUCCUCAUCCCCCCCCCCCCCCCUCCUUCACUCACUCCUUGGACAACUGUCCUCACUCCCAACCUCCUAUUUGAUUUCUCAAAGUUCAGUGUGCAAGCUUUUGCUACGAACGUGUACAUAUACUGGUCUGCUGUUAUUUGAAUGCAAUUUGAUGUUGUUUCAUGUGGUUUUGACUUUUUAGUUUAUUUCUUUCUUUUCUCUUUUUUUUUCUUUUUUUUUUUUUUUUUGAAAAUGUACAUUGCAUUACAUCAGGGGUUUUAGUGGUUGUAUAUUGACGUUUAUCUUCAUAUUUUUUUGUUUGUAUGUUUUUGUUUUGUUUGUUCUUUUCUUCUUUUUUUUUUUUUUUGGUCAUAUUUGAUUGAAAUUCCAUUUUACAUUAUACAAAAUGUAUCUUUUGAACAAUGCAGCAUGAUGAUUGCUAAACAAAGAUAAAAAAAACGAUCUGGUAUGUAAAUAGCUUUCCUCCUUUUGUCGUAUUGUAUUGCAUUCUGACUGGAUUUUAGUUUUCCGUUUGGAAGCUAUGUGCCCACCACCAAUGAUGUCAGCUUUUGUUUUUCUCUGUAGGGUUUGUUGUACAAGAAACUUGUAAUGUAACCAUUGACAAAAUAUGUUCUCGUGACCUCUCCAUGCUUAGGGUUUGUGAAGUUGUCCGUCUAUAAUUCAUGCUAAAACUGAUGAUACGUGCACUUUUUAUGAUUUUUGAACUUACAUUCUUCAGUUGUCAUCUCUAGUACUGAUCAAUAGAUUGUAAAACCAUAAGAUAAUAUACACCAAUAUUCAUCAUUGUAUUACGUUGAAUGCUUGUGAUUUAUGUGAUUUGUUUUACACGUAGUACCAUCUGUGUGUGAUCCAUUCUGAUCAGUGUAUCCAUGAAUAUUGACAGCUGUGGAAAUUAGGGAGGGGGGGGAGCGGUGCGAAACCAACGGAAUACUAUUUAAAAAAUUUUUUUUUUUAGCAUCAUGUUCAGUCACUGUUAAGGUAUCUUUUUUUUUUUAACACGAUCUGUCUGCACAAAGUGAAGUCUCCGGCCUGCCUUGAGAUCUAGACUACCGCAGCCUGCCACGUUGCCCUCGGUGUUUUCUAUAAAUAAACGAACAUCUUAAUUGUCUGCUCGUGUACCGGUAUAAGAAGACAAUGUUGUUGUUGUUGUUGUCGCUGAAUUUGUUGUUUCUUGCGCAAUGAGAGAUCAGCAGAUACUGCCGCAUGAAAGAUGGGUACAUUUCUACUUUUUGUAGUGUGAGAACAAGGGUCCCCCUCCCACCUCGUCGUCGUCCUCCUCCUCCUCCUCCUCUCACGCAGAGUAAAGACAGUAACAUUUUUACCACAUUCUCUCUCAUUGCUUGGAUUUUCAGGGCUGGCAUUACUACUACUACUACUACUAGUGAAACGAAGCAGGGUCAUGCCUUCAGCAUUAUUCUUCUCAUCAUGUGUAAUAAUACUUUCUGUAGAUUUUUUAACAUGCACAAACAUGUUUGUUUGCAUAUCAUCGUUGCCCUGCUAAAAGGUUCAAUAUUACAUACAUGCUAAAUGGUUAGUCAAAAUGGAUGCAGUGAUCAGAACAUGGCGCAGGGAGUGUGAAGUCGGUCCUCCUCUCUCUUCUCCCCCCCCCCCCCAAUGUUUACUUUUAGUUCUAGACCUGCCGUUUGUCUUUAGUUCCGUGUGCGUUUGUUUGUGCGUAAAUGAUUGAAUGAGGCAGCAGAAAAAAAUCUACUACGUGUUCUACUUAACAAACCACUUUGAUUGAACUAACCAGAAUGAUUAUAUAAAUGAUGAGAAACCUUUGUGCGCGCUCCCGAGUCGUGGCGUUUUCGGGUGAGAAGAAUCAGGGAGCAACUGAAUAAGCGGGAUGCUUGCGUUGCAAUUAAAACUAACAAAUUUAUUAUGAUCCCCCCUCCGUUCCCUCCUUUAUUGGAGCUCAGGGUAGUUGACAAUCUGUAGCGUCCCCACGUCAUGUUUUCCCCUCUCCCUCCUUCCCUCCCUCCUCCAGGGAAGUGGCAUGCUGGUUCCAAAGAUUAAAAUGUCCUAAAUCGGUCCCUGUGGUUUUAUGUGCAAAAAUAAACAGGAAAUUCUGCAAACUGAGCCCAAAAAUGUGAAAUUAUGCAAUUCUGUUAAUUUUAACAAAGAAUGAUAAAGGAAAAUAAUAAGAAAUUAUGAACAAAAAUAAUCAAUUUUGGUUAAAUUAUGCGGGGUGCAUAAGACCCCGGGGACAGCUAAAUACACGAGCAAUGUUUUCUGUUUGUGGAAAUGAAGAUAAAAGCCAAAGGUCAGGCGGUUUGUAGAGUGCUCGUGUUGAUUGUUAAUUUUAUAGUUUUGUCAAGUACGGUAGAGCUUUCCUCAGAAGUUAUCAUGUUUAUUUUUAACCCCCAGUAAAAUACAUUUGAUCAGAAUAAACGUUUUGGUCCAGAAGGAGAGAUAGGUAUCAGUUUGGACCGUUAUAAUCACUAUAUAUUUCUCAGCUUGCAUAAGCCAUGGCAUUGGGUCUUUUCUAGUCGUGUUGGAUAUUUUAUGAAGAGCCAUCUGUCCCUUCCCAUUCUUUGGAACGUUGAAAC